ACUCAUCCGUUUUGAACCUUUAUUUCAUCCAUCGAAUCCUUUUUUUUUUCCAUGCCAUAUAUAUCAUCACCCUAUCUUACCAGUCUGGCCGCGAAAUCGACGCGCCGCGUGAGACGAAAAUUGUCGACCUACAUCCGGUCUAUUAAUCAAUCUCAACUUUUUCUCUUUACGGUUUCGCUACCCAGGAUAUUAUUCAUCAUGCUGAGAGACUAUCACUACGGUAUUGCGGUUGACGCGGGGUCGCUGGGCUCGCGACUCCAGGUCUACCGCUGGACCGACCCAAAGGCCUCCAAGGCCUCCGGAAAGACCUCAAUACUUCGCUCUGUGCCUGAGAUCACCCAGGAAGAGGGCUGGAACUUGAAGAUCUCGCCAGGUAUCUCCUCUUUUACCGAAACCCCCCAGAAUUUAUGGGAAGACCAUUUUAAAAAACUCGCCGCGCACGCCGAAUCAAUCAUACCCCCUGACAAGUGGAGCGAAACACCCAUCUACGUCUUGUCAACGGCAGGAAUGCGGCUUUUACCAGUUACCCAGCAGGAAGCCAUCAAGGCCGAAACCUGUCGGGUACUCCAGACCCACACCCUGUUCUAUUUACCCGACUGCGCCGACUUUGUGCAGACGAUUGAUGGCGAGACAGAGGGGGUGUACGGGUGGAUCGGAUUAAACUACUUGUCAGAAACGUUUAACAACGUUGACCCUCGCAAAGAGCAGCGAUCGAUUGGGUUUAUGGAUAUGGGCGGGGCAUCUACGCAGAUCGCGUUUGUUCCGUCGAAGAAGGAAAUUUCCAGGCACCAGGAGGAUCUCCGAAAGGUGACGUUGCGGAGCGUGAACGGCGAUGUCCAAGAAUGGAACGUUUUUGUAUCCACGUGGCUCGGAUUUGGUGCCAAUGAAGCGCGUAAGCGGUACUUGGAUCUGUUGAUAGAGAGUGCCGGAAAGAGAAGUUUAAGCGAUAUUGGUAUUAGUCAAAGUUUCAGCGAAGGUCUCGACCGUGAGUCUGUUCCUUCCGCCCAUAUCAAGUCAGCCACCACAUUGGAUUUCACCCUUUCCAGCGGUGCGAUAGAUUCUGCUGUCUCCGCCCCCUCCAACGGAGUCACCAAUGAAAUUAAGAGAGAGGUUGAUGAAAUCUCAUCAGAGGUGCUCUACGACCCGUGCCUCCUCCAGGGGGCCACCAUCACCUACAACUCGCACACAUUCCUGGGGACAGGGAACUAUGAUCAGUGUCUCGAGACAAUGUAUCCGCUUCUCCAGAAGCACCUUCCAUGCACAGACGAUCCGUGCCUCUUUAACGGAGUCCACACCCCGCACAUGGACUUCACAAAGGAUAAGUUUGUGGGUAUCCUGGAGUAUUGGUAUACGGUGCACGACCUCUUCGAUCUUGGGGGUGACUAUAGUUUCCAGAAGUUUAAUGCCGCCACAAAGCUGUUCUGUCACAGCGACUGGAAGGAGGUAGCAGGCAAGGAGUUCCACGGAAGAAAGCUCAGCGAGAAGACCCUCCAGGACGCCUGUUUCAAGGCCUCUUGGAUUGUUAACAUCCUCCACGACGGCUUCAGUUUGCCGCGGCUAGACUUUGAGACCCACAAGGAGGACGACAGUGAUGAUGAAUCACAUGUGCCGUUUUCUUCUGCUAAUGAGAUUAACGGGGAAGAGCUUUCGUGGACAUUAGGGAAGAUGGUUUUGUUUGCCUCGUCGCAGGUAGCGGGCGGCGUCGGAAUUCUCCCCAGCAAAAUCGAGCGAGCUCGCGGCGUUCAGUUUAUUCCUGGAGGAUUGGCCGACAAGGGAAACAGCUUGAGAUUGAUUUUUGCCGGGUUGGUGUUUUGUGCAUUGGUUUAUUUUGCGGUGCGGUUUGCAAAGAUGCCUAUGAGGCUUCCGUAUAAGAUCUACAAGUGUUUUCCGCGGAAGGCUCUGCAGUACCUUCCGGUGGCGAUGCAGUCGCGAAUGGGGUUCGAGGAGGAUGUGGAUAUCAGCUUGGAGGAGGGGUUGUUCUAUGAAGAACCUGUGAGAAAUGCCCCGGGUCUCCGUACGCGCUCCAUCAUGAAUUUGAACCAGUUGGGAGAGCAGGAUACAGAACCGCGGGGGUUUUAUGCCAGUCCACAGGCGACAAAGUCUGCACUUUUCAGCGGGGACAAUACCAGCAGUGCUUCGUUGCAGCGGAGUAAGAGUUCGAUGGGGUUCUACAGGUAGCUUUCUCGAUGAGAGCUAAGAGGUCGCAAGAUGAGCUAUUUAUGAAUUUCUUGGUGAGAUACCUAAUAGAGACUGUUUUCUCGGAAGAAAUGAUGCUUGUGAGAAGUUUUUUUCCCCCUGAUUCCCCAGUGAAGUAAUAUGUCCUUGGUUGACUGAAUUACUUAACGUUCCAUGAUUAUCCUUUGAAACUUUGGGCCGGAAUUAAGAUCGAGGGUAUAUCGCACUGCAAAUUAUGCAUAGAAUGGAUUCGUCUCAACGAAUGCACUCCAUAUUAUCCAGUAGUACAUAUAGUUUCUAUACGGAGUUGAAUAAUUAAAAUUCAGGUGUAAGAUGCUAGGGUGA